AUGUUAAUCGAUACCGGGGCUACAGGAAGUACGGCGAACUUGGGAGAAGAAGGAACACAAGGGGUGGUGUUGGCCUUGAUGCAGAUGGUGGCGAAUAUGAACAAAGACAUGAUGGAGGAGAGAAGACGUAGGGAGGAAUGGGAACAGAGAAGAGAAAGGGAUACAAGGACGGAGAAGAAAGAAGAGAAGAAAUGGGAAAAGGGGCAACCUUCGGCGCAGGGUGGUGCCCAGGCGGCUAUGAUGUCGACGGUGGUAAAGAGUACACCGCCAAACAUCGACGAAGUUCGCCGAAGAUGGCCUAGGCCGAGCUCCGAUCUGAGGGAGACAAGGAGGAAGGAGGGGAAGUGUACCGAGUGUGGUGAAGCAGGACAUUGGCUGAAGGAAUGCCCUGUAAGGGAGGCUAAGGUUAAGGUUGGACUGUUGCCUCCAUGGGGGGAGAAGUUCGGAGAACGUGGUGGAGGAUCGGGAGGGAACGCAGUACCUCUCGGACAGAGGAGGAACUUGAAUGCGGUUGGAGGAGAAGUAGAUUUGGAAGAGGACCAGGGAAAAGAAGAGGACCUGUCGCAGUAG